AUUUAUUCAGUCAACUAGGAGGCGAACGAAUCGUUUGGCUUGCCAUUGGACAAUCCAUUUUGCCUACACGGUGUUCAACUACUGUUUUAAAGUCGUCUGUUUGGCACAAGGUCUGCACCUAACACCGUCAUGGCCGCCGUGGACGGAAUAGACAACGAAAUUAAAUCGUCGGCGUUGGAACUGAUCGGCAACACGCCGCUCGUCGCGCUCGACCGCAUCUGGGCCGGUCCGGGCCGCAUCUUGGCCAAAUGUGAAUUCAUGAGCCCGGGCGCGUCCAUCAAGGACCGCUCCUCGCUGCACAUGCUGCAGCGGGCGCGCGCCGCCGGCCUGCUGCGGCCCGGCCAGCGCGUCGUCGAGAAGAGCUCCGGCAACCAGGGCUGCGGGCUGGCCGUCGUGUGCGCCGUGCUGCGCCACCCGCUCACCGUCGCCAUGUCCAAGGGCAACAGCGUGCAGCGAGCCAUCCACAUGGAGGCCCUGGGCGCCGCCUGCGUGCGCGUGCCGCAGGUGGAGGGCACGUACGGCAGCGUCACGCACGCCGACGUUCAGGGCCUCGAGGAAGCUUGUUUGAAAAUUGUUGACGAAACGAAAGCGUAUUUCGUAAACCAGUUUAGUAAUGUGGGGAAUUCUGAAGCUCACUACAGGACUACCGGUCCCGAGAUCUGGAGACAGACCGGGCAACAUGUCGACGUGUUCCUCACGACGGUCGGAACGGCCGGUACCUUUGCUGGAACUUCUAAAUAUUUAAAGGAAAAAAAUCCAAAUUUAUUAUCAUUCGUCGUGGAGCCAGCCGGUUCGGAACCGAUCAAAGGCGAUCCGAUCACAAAACCUCUGCAUCUACUUCAGGGUUCCGGUUACGGAUUGAUUCCGGAUUUGUUUAAUUACGAGCACAUGGACGGGACCGUGAGCGUGACGGACGAAGAAGCAGUAGAAUACAUGAACGCCGUGGGGCGCCAGGAGGGCCUGUUCGUGGGGUUCACGAGCGGCGCCAACGUGGCGGCGGCCGUGAAGCUGCUGCGGAGCGGCCGCGUGCCGCGCGGCGCCUGGCUCGUCACCACGCUCAACGACUCCGGCCUCAAGUACACGCCGGUGCCGCGCGAAUUGACUCUCUGACCGGUACUUCCAUUUCCAGAAUAACAAUUAAUACAGGGUUAUGACUAAUAAUUAAACAGACUAAUAAUUAAACAUUAAACAGAUUA